AGGGAUUAUUUUUUUACUUACCCCCUUCCCCUACCUCCAGACACAGGCGUGGCCCGAUGCUGUCUCCACGCAUCUGCCGCCAUAUCCGGCGAUCAAUCCGUCCGAUGAAUACACGGAUCUAGAAAGGGAGGAGUCAGGGGGAUCUCCACCGAUCUAGUUUGGCAAAUUUUGACAACCCCGCCCCCCUCAGCUGUUUCCUCCCCUCCGAAUUGCAGUGAACAAAAAAGAUGGACAUAAUGGGCAGCCACCUAGUGGAUGGAGUGAUUGGGCAAAACAGUCAAGUGAUGGAUCGAGUUUCCUUCAGAACGAAGCAAUUCACAAAGCCGCGUACCCUAGAAUUGUUUGUUGAGUCAUUCGUUAUGAGACGAAGGAUAAGGGAAGAAACUCAGUCAAUUCAAGAGUUAGAGAUGGUGCAGUCAAUGCUAGAUGGGACAGACACCCACGUACAGCAUGGUGGUGUCGAUUCAGCAUCACAAGAACAGGACAAGACUAUCAUGGGGAGGCAAGAAAAUGAGCAAAGACAGGAGAACAUGGGUGCCCCCGAUGCAGCUGUUAAUAGAAGGAAACCAGAUUGUGCGCCAAUGCCAUUUGACUUGAAUGCUAAUUUAUUUGAGAACGGAAAUGAAGAGGAAGAAUAUCUAGAGCGUUCACAUGACGAUGUUGAACAGAAUAGUGAGGUGCAAUUCCCGGAGCAGUCGUAUGAGCAUGCUGAAAUGACAGAUGAAGCAACUAAUCAUGUGCAAUUUGCUGAUCAAGCAAGGGAUGACCAGGGGAUUGAGGAAGGGCUAUUUCCUGACCCAGUCACAAAUGAAGAAAAGGAGAUGGACCGGAUGUUUGAAGCUGAUAACUACCCUGCCAUCCAUGAAAUUAUUCAAGCUCGUGCCCCACAAGAUGGAAUGGUGUUUGAUUCGCUGGAAGAAGCUUUCCGUUUUUUCACAGUGUAUGAAAGGCGUGUUGGCUUUGCGGUGAAGAAGGACAGCAGUUAUAGAUCAAGGAAAACUGGGCAAGUUCAGCGGAUUGAGUUCACAUGUAAUAAGCACAGGGGCCAUAUAAACACAGACUCAGCAACGAGGCAGAGAAGAAGCAACAAGAUUGAAAGAACAGAAUGCAAGGUACUGAUGAGAUUAAAGAAGGAUGACUGUAAGUGGGUGGUAUAUAGUGUUAAUCUUCAGCAUAAUCAUGAUCUUGCACCGAGUCAGUGGCUUGUCAGGUUUAUGAGCUGCCACAAAAAAAUGUCCCCUGCGGACAAGCAUUUGGUUGAGAUACUUCAGGAAAGCAGGGUCCCCCCAAGGAAAGUAAUGUCUAUUUUCAGGUCAAUGAGAGGAAGCUUCAGAAACAUUCCGUUUGAUGCUAAGUAUGUUUCCAACAUGAUGUACCAGGAAAGAUUGAAGCAUAAGAACAGAGAUAUCAAGGAGCUGCUACAGAAAUUCAAAGAUGUGCAGAAGAAAACAAAAAGCUUUUACUACACGCUGCAAAUUGAUGAGGAUAACAAUGUUAGGAGUGUAUUCUGGACAGAUGUCAUGGGCAGAGCAGAUUACAAGAUGUUUGGGCAGUUUCUCUCAUUCACAACAUAUACAAUAUGCCCUUUGCACCACUGAUUGGGGUUGAUAACCAUGGAAAGACAGUGCUGUUUGGUGCAGCGCUCCUGAAGAACGAGACAGCAGACACAUUCAGGUGGUUGUUCAAAGAAUUCCUGGAAGCCAUGGGUGGGCAGCAACCAGAAACGGUGAUAACGGACCAGGAUACUGCAAUGAAGUGCACUAUUGCUGACAUGCUACCAAACUCAACCCAUCGUUUUUGCAGCUGGCAUAUUCAGAAGAAGAUGAAGGAGAAGCUUGUAUCUUUCUUUGCUAGUAAAGGUACUUUGCAUGCAGACAUCUUAACAUAUUAGCAAAUCAAGAACAGAAGAAUAUCUCUGCAAGCCUAGACUGCAGAAAACAGCACCAAAAACGGCAGACCAAAAAGAAAACAAAAACAGGCACUAAUAGAAACCUUGCAGACAGAAAUACAAGGAAAACAUAGAGGUUCAUAAAUAAUUCCCUGAUCAACAUGUUUGUCAAUGCACCCAUACUUCGCAUGUUCAUGUUCACCAUUUUGGUUAGUCACAGGUGGAGAAUAUUCAGAAAACGAGUCUGGCAGCUGGUGACUUCUGGGGACCAAGAUCGACUAAAAGGUAACAGUUCCAUAUAAACAUGGCUCUAGUAACACACUUCGCAGGUGAAGAUCAAGAACACAGGGUGUAGGGAAUCUUAUUGAGGAAAAUGUAACAAUGAUGAGGAGAAGCAAUAUCAGAAGACACCACCCAUCUGCUCAAAAUAAUUGUGUAUUUUCAUGUUAGAGAAAGGAACAUUCUUCAUAAUGAUGUAGAACAAAACAAAAAAAUUGUCAAUGAACACACACAUUCAGGAGUUUCUUAAUAUAACAGAAAAUAUGGCAGGGCAUUUAAGUAUUGUUGGGACAGAAAA